UGGGACUCCUUCACAGCUGGCUAGUUUAGUAGUUCUAUUGAGAACCUCAGUUAUUUAGUUGCACAGUUUAUUUCCUAACCUGUGUGCUCAGAAGGAGCUAAUACAGACAAACUAGCUUCAUGGCCAUGAGUUCUGAAAGCAAAAUCCUGAAAAGCCAGUAUCAGGUGCUCUUGCCCAUUGUCCAGGGUGCCUUUGGCUGUGUGAGGCUGGGCUACCAUAGGCUUACGGGUGCCCUGAUGACCAUAAAAACUGUCAAGAACACCAAGAAGAACCUGCGGUGGAUCUUCACUGAGAAGGCGAUAGUGGAGAUGCUAAAACAGCCAUACAUCAUUCGUGUCUUCCAGGUUAUAAUAACAGAAAAAGAAGUGCAGUAUAUAACCGAGUUUGCUGCGGGAGGAAACUUAUUCCAGAUGGUAAAAGAGAAUGGCAGGCUGCAGGAGGAGGAGACGCAGGAAAUAUUCAAUCAGAUACUUGAGGACAUGAGACUCCACAAUCUUGAUAUUGUCCAUCACGACUUAAAGCCCCCAAACAUCCUGCUAGAUAUAGAGGGCAAUGUGAACGUGAUUGAUUUUGGCCUUGCAACCAAGACUAGAUCUGGCACUGGACUGACAAGACAGUGUGGGACCAAGGCCUUUAAUGCUCCUGAGUUGGUGCAGAGAGAGCCUUACGACGGGAAGAAGGGAGACAUAUGGAGCCUCUGUGUGCUCCUGUAUUAUAUAACCACUGGCUACUUUCUCUUCAAAGGACAAAACUUAAAAGAGAUAGAGGCAAAGAUCAUCACAGAUACAUAUUAUGUUCCGGAUCAUGUUUCUCCGACACUUGAAAACCUCCUUUUCCAAAUGCUCACUACUAUCCCAGAAAGGAGGCCGUCCAUUGAAGACCUUGAGAAACACCCAUGGGUAAAAAUAUGUGAAGUAAAGGUGCCAAGUGAGACCUACCCAUAUCACAAAAUCGUGGACAUGCUCUGUGGCCUUGGGUUUAAUUUCAAUGCCAAUUAUGUCUAUGUACCUUAUUUGGAAGGAGAAGACACAAAAAGGAUUAUGGCUUUGUACCUCAUAUUGAAGAAGCCACGAAAGGGGCUUGAGCUUGGCAGCACCAUGGAAGCCAAACCUGUGGACCCUGGACCCAUGCCACCCUCCACCCCAGCACAUGUGUCUGUCUCUAGUCUUCCCCUAAAGCGAAUCACCAGUGCCCCUAACCUUUAGCCUCCUCCAUGUCAGCCAUCAGCCGGGCACCAGCCUGUUGCUAGGACACUGCCAGGGAAGAAGCUGGUCAGCAGUUCCUCCCUGACCUCGAUUGCUAUAUGCUUCUCCCAGAACAACAGCCUCGUUUGUACCUAUAUUCCCCUGUGCCAUGCUGUGACUUUCUUCCAUUUCUUAGUGUCUUUGCUUUCUACAAUAAAAUCAUAAAUUUCCUUAAAAAUAUGUAUUUCUGCUUCAUAAGAGAGAGAAGGUUGUUACCUCUAUGCUGGGCACAGGAAGAGACAGACAUAUGUGGUGUAUGUAACACAUGCAGACCAACAAUCAUAUGUAUAAAAAUAAGCUGUGGUUGGAGCCGUGA